GUUUGUUUUUCUCCUGGUGGGUGGAAAGCUGCUCUCUCUCUUGCGAUCCUUACCAUGAGCUUGCUGGCCAGCCUAGGCCCAUUCAGUCUCAGAACCUCCCAGAGUCCCCAGGAUGGACCGCACGGACUCUCCUAGCAGGCUGGACUCUGCAGAGGGACAACUGCCGCUCUGAGUUGUUGAGCUCUGCAUGCCGGGCUGGAUUUCUCAAAGGAGCCAGUUGCCAGCAUAUUCCCUGUGAACAUAUACCUUACUCUACUGCUGGAGUCUACAGCCUCUCUUAAGAAGAGGGAGAUGCAUUUUACUCUUAGUCAAGGGAAGUCAAGAUUGGUUCUUUGAAGGGAUCAGAUUCCACAUUCUCUCCCUCCCCACCCAUUGAGAAGCAGGCAGAAGACUGAGCCUUGAAACUAUGUAUUUGAGAGACCAUCACAUCUCGAAUACCUUGUGCUGGUGCUGUCACCGAAAAGUCUGGCUACAUUCUGAGGAGCAGUGCUUCCAUGACAGGAAGGAGCAGUCUCAAGAUUGAGAUGAGCAGAAAACCAGAAGGGGCACACCAUGCAUAGAUAUACGACGAUCAAACAGCUGGGUGAUGGAACCUAUGGCUCUGUCCUUCUAGGAAGAAGUAUUGAGUCUGGAGAGCUGAUUGCCAUUAAAAAGAUGAAAAGAAAGUUUUAUUCCUGGGAGGAAUGCAUGAAUCUUCGGGAGGUUAAGUCUUUAAAGAAGCUCAACCAUGCCAAUGUAGUGAAAUUGAAAGAAGUCAUCAGGGAAAAUGAUAAUCUUUAUUUUAUCUUUGAAUACAUGAAGGAAAACCUUUAUCAGCUAAUGAAAGAAAGAAACAAGUUGUUUCCUGAGUCUGCUAUUAGGAAUAUCAUGUACCAGAUACUACAGGGACUUGCGUUCAUCCACAAACAUGGUUUCUUCCAUAGAGACUUAAAACCUGAAAACCUCCUUUGCAUGGGACCAGAACUUGUGAAAAUAGCUGACUUUGGAUUAGCCAGAGAAAUCCGAUCAAGACCACCUUAUACAGACUAUGUGUCUACAAGAUGGUAUCGGGCUCCAGAAGUUCUCCUGAGGUCUACCAACUACAGCUCUCCUAUUGACGUCUGGGCAGUGGGAUGCAUCAUGGCAGAAGUUUACACACUACGGCCUCUCUUCCCAGGUGCCAGUGAAAUUGAUACAAUAUUCAAAAUUUGCCAAGUGCUGGGAACACCAAAAAAGAAUGACUGGCCUGAAGGAUACCAACUUUCUAGUUCCAUGAACUUCCGUUGGCCUCAGUGCAUCCCUAAUAAUUUGAAGACCUUGAUUCCAAAUGCCAGCAGCGAGGCAAUUCAGCUCAUGAGAGACAUGUUGCAAUGGGAUCCCAAAAAGCGACCAACAGCUAGUCAGGCACUUCGAUAUCCCUACUUUCAGGUUGGACAUCCCCUGGGCAGCACUCCCCACAGCCUUCAGGAAAUGGGAAAACCACAGAAAGAAUUUCAGGAGAAGAUGGGACCACCACCCCAUAUUAAACCUGUCCCUCCCGCGAACCCCCCUGCCAAACCACACCCCCGGCUUUCUUCUCGACCACACCAACCCAGCCAGCCCCCACAACAUCACAUAUACCCGUACAAAACAGAAGCUUCAGCAACAGGUCCUGAGAGCCAGCAUCAAGGGGACCAGCCUAAUCCAUUGCUUUUCCCAGCCCUUCACAACAAGAUUCCUCAGAAUAAAAUUCUGGCUGGCAUGGAGCACCCAAACGGUGAAAUUAAACCAAAGAAUAGGAGAAGGUGGGGCCCUGUUUCCAGGUCAACAAAGGAUUCUGAUGAUUGGGAUGACUUGGAUGACCUUGACUUCAGCCCUUCCCUCACCAGGACUGAUCUAAAAAAUAAGAAAAGACAGAGUGAUGAAACUCUCUGCAGAUUUGAAAGUGUUUUGGACCUGAAGCCUUCAGAGCCCAUAGGUACCGGCAACAGUGCACCCACCCAUACUUCCUAUCAGCGACAAGACACUCCAACACUGCGAUCUGUAGCCAAGCAGCAUUACUUGAAGCACUCUAGAUACUUGCCUGGAAUAACAAUUAGAAAUGGUAUACUUCCAAAUCCAGGCAAGGAUUUUCUUCCACCUAAUUCAUGGUCUGGUUCUAGUCUCUCUGGAAAGUCUUCGGGGUCAGUAUCAGGAAUCAGCAGAAUGAAUUCAGUUGUUUCCGGCUAUUCAGGGUCUGGUCGACUGACUGGUAGCUAUCUCCCUUCGUUUCUGAAAAAAGAAGUGGGUUCUGCUGGACAGAGGGUGCACCUAGCUCCUAUUUCAGAUCCUUCUCCUGGUUAUGCUUCCCUGAAGUCUGUGAGACCUCAUCAUAAUCGACCCCUUUUCCAUACCCAACCCAGAAGUACACCAGGAUUAUUGCCUCGUCCCCCUGCAGCCCAGCCAGUCCAUGGACGUACUGACUGGGUUUCUAAAUAUGCAUCCCGACGAUGACAGACAUGAAGCACUUUGCACUGAAAAGCAGGAAACUUUUCAUCAGAUAAUUAUGGUGAAGCAAACUUUCCCACCUGCAAUAAGCAUGAAAAAUGACAAGCAAAGGCCUCCCCCAACAUGUUAUAGUUAUCUUCUGCAAUCAAGAUAUUUCAAUAUUACUUUUUUUUUUAGUUUUUUAAAAAAUAUUCAUUUGAAUCAGAUGUUGUACCUUUUUUGUACAAAAUUAUUUUGUUCUAUAACCAGGUCCUAUUAUUUUCUUAAACAGCAGCAUUUUGUAUAUAGGAGAUUACGUUUUGGCAUUUUAUACAGGAACCUUUAUAAUGGACUUUAAAAAA